AUGUUAGACCGAGAAUUCUCCGCUUUAAUCGGUGCACCGAGCUCGAUUAGGGACGAGGAUAUUACGGUCAAAUUGCCUGCAGAGAUGGAUAAUUCGGUAGAACAUGUCAAUUUGACGUUGCAUGUUCGGCUUGCCAGGCUCAUGGCCACAAUUCUGACAACUGUCUACGGGGUUGGAAACGAUUUCGACGACACGCUCAUUCGGAGUACACAGUCCAUCCUUCACAGUAUCGCUGAACUUUCCUACGAUCUUACUGCCUUUCUAAAUGCCCAUUUCCACGGGUUAAUUAGCCGUGCCUCGAAAAUGGCGAUUCGACUGAUGCUGGCUCAUCAUCAUGUGGGUGCCCUCAGAACUACUGAUUUCGUCGUGAACUAA